UUUUUGGUGGGAAAAAAUAAAUUGCUAGUGGCAACACUUAUAUUUAAAUCUUAUCAAAAGUUUGUUGAUAAACAAAUUGCCACAAAGUAUAAAAUUGCCUUUCGAUUUGGAAAGCUUUAUCUAAUGGGUCAUUAAAUAAAAAUUAGUUUCCAGCCAAUUUUAUGGUGUAUAUACCAGAGCCGAGGAAUUCCGUUUGCACCUUCAACUACAAGAACAACGUACAAUUAUCGAUUAGAGCUAAAAAACUAGUAAAAGUGAUGAUAAGAACUUCUGAGCAGACUUAAUCGAAUUGCAAAUGUGUAACGCAACUGCAGUAUUGUUUCUACCUCGUUCGUUUACUGGUGUUUGCAACCGGAGUGCAACAUGAAUAUUCUUUUCCGUUUUAUAGUAUUUUGUCUGGAUCCUUUGGGACUGGGGCGCCGUUUUUUUAUACGACCGGCUUAUAAUUUAAGUGUUAAUGUAUACGAUCGUUUGAAGGCAAAAACCGAUGAAAAGGUUGAUACUUUGCGAGAAUUAGUAUUGCGGUUAGGUCUUGUGGCCUUUGCUGCAGUAUUAAUAAUUUGGGCGGCAGUCUUUAUGUAUGCCGCAUUUUACUAUUUCUAUAUGCCGGCCAUUUCUCAUACACGUCCUGUGCACAUGCAAUUCAAAACUUGCCUAGAUACUAGUGCUCCCUGUACGUUCCCUCAUGCUCAUGUUUCAUUAACUAAAAAACAACAGCUUUUAAUGGUGGGUCAAGCUUAUCGCGUUAUUGUACAAAUUGAUAUGCCUGAGUCACCGCAAAAUCUUGAUCUUGGCAUGUUUAUGGUUUGUGGUGAAAUGCGUGACCAUGAAUCUAUGUUAAGAGGUCAUUCAUGCCGCUCGGCCAUGAUGCGUUAUCGCUCUCCCUUAAUACGCACUAUAUCCACUUGGGCCCUUAGUCCACUGUUUGUAUUGGGGGUUAAGGAAGAGUUCCAACAGGUUCCAGUUGAAAUAUUCAGUCGUUACUUGGAGCAAAAACAUCAUCCAAUAACUGAUGUUUAUGUUGAAAUACAAUCACAGAAAAUCCAAUAUUAUACCGUGUCUUUGCACAUUGUGGCGGAAUUUACUGGACUACGCUAUGUCAUGUAUAAUUAUCCUGUUAUAUCGGCCAUAGUUGCUGUUAGCACAAAUCUAUUUUUCUUAUUAGUUGUAUUUUUACUAAGUUGGUAUCACUGGUCUGAUGCCACCUGGCUACGUAAUCUUCAGAAGAAAUACAAUAGUUUCACUAGCACAUUAACACGCUCGGCCAGCCGUGUUCUUAUGCCCUCAAAGAGUUAUACAAGUUUACAAGACGAUGAAGAACUUAGUUUUCUUGAUGAUGAGAAAUCUAAUGUUACCGAUGAAAUCGAUGAUAUAAGUGCCACCCCAAAGGGCGAAACUGCUCUUAGAGAGAGAAAGUCCGAAAAGGCUAGUUUUUAAAGUUAAGUUAAUGCUAAUAGCACAAAACCUUUUAUUUAUAACAAAAGGCUGAAACAAAUUUAAUUUUAUAUUUUUAUACAUAUGUUUAUAGUAUUGUAAGAAAUUGUUUUA